CUGACAUCUGCUUUGAAUACUCAAUGUUUCCAGGCUUUCAAGUGAAACCCAAUGGUCCUUUGGGACUUUAUUUGUGCUAUGUUUUGAGAAGGAUAGAGAUUAAACUAUAAAAUGAAAAACAUUUCAGAAACAAGUCAACAAAAGAAUAGCAUUCCAGGCCUCUGUUAUGAAGAGCUGUCUGAGAACAACAUGACUGCGGAUGCAAGAUUUCAAAACCAAAGUGACAAGACCGAUGAAACCAAUGUAAAUGAUCCAGCACAAUCCACAGUUCCUAACAGCAACUUUGAUAUGAUCUACAAAAUAGAAGAUGUUCCUCCUUGGUAUCUUUGCAUUUUGCUUGGAUUUCAGCACUACUUGACCUGCUUUAGUGGAACCAUAGCUGUACCCUUUCUGCUGGCUGAAUCACUCUGUGUUGGAAAAGAUCAGCACACUGUCAGUCAGCUAAUUGGUACCAUCUUCACUUGUGUUGGAAUUACUACACUUAUUCAAACAACUUUUGGAUGUAGGCUUCCCUUAUUUCAAGCAAGUGCCCUAGCAUUCCUUGUUCCUGCCAGAGCUAUUCUUGCUCUAGACAAGUGGAAGUGUCCAAAUGAAGAGGAGAUUUAUGGAAAUUGGACCUUACCAUUCAACACAACCCACAUAUGGCAUCCAAGGAUAAGAGAAAUACAAGGUGCAAUUAUAAUAUCCAGCUUGGUAGAAGUGCUGAUUGGCUUUGUGGGUCUCCCUGGAGCACUCUUAAGUUACAUUGGACCACUCACAGUUACCCCUACAGUCUCCCUGAUUGGAUUAUCUGUAUUCCAAGCGGCUGGAGAGAGAGCUGGGUCACACUGGGGCAUUUCCAUGUUAACUAUUACUUUGAUUGUACUAUUUGCCCAGUACCUGCGUGAUGUGAAUUUCUUAGUACCUGCCUUUAGACGUGGAAAUGGAUGCACAACAACAAAGAUACAAAUUUUCAAAAUGUUUCCGAUUAUAAUGGCCAUCAUGGUUGUAUGGCUAAUUUGCUAUCUUUUAACUCUCACUGAUGUACUUCCAAAAAAUCCUGAAGCGUAUGGAUUCAAAGCCCGAACAGAUGCUAGAGGAGAAAUAAUGUCAACGGCACCCUGGUUCCGUAUGCCAUAUCCUUGUCAGUGGGGUUUACCAACAAUCACAGCAGCUGGAGUGCUAGGAAUGUUCAGUGCAACAUUAGCGGGUAUUAUUGAAUCUAUAGGUGAUUAUUAUGCCUGUGCUAGGUUGGCUGGAGCUCCACCUCCACCUAUCCAUGCCUUAAACAGAGGGAUCUUCACUGAAGGAAUAUCUUGUGUCAUUGCAGGAUUAUUUGGUACAGGAAAUGGUUCUACAUCAUCCAGCCCAAACAUUGGGGUCCUUGGAAUUACAAAAGUUGGUAGCAGGCGAGUGGUCCAGUAUGGUGCAGUAAUUAUGUUGGUCUUGGGGACUGUAGGAAAGUUCACUGCCUUGUUUGCCUCACUCCCAGAUCCCAUUCUUGGGGGUAUGUUUUGCACUUUAUUUGGAAUGAUCACAGCUGUUGGACUUUCCAAUCUUCAGUUUGUAGAUAUGAAUUCCUCCCGCAAUCUCUUUAUUUUGGGAUUCUCCAUGUUUUUUGGCAUAACAUUACCAAGUUACUUGGAUGAAAACCCAAAUGCCAUUGAUACAGGUAGUCCAGAAGUUAAUCAGAUUUUGACUGUCUUGUUGACAACAGAAAUGUUUGUUGGGGGUUGCCUUGCUUUCAUGUUGGAUAAUACCAUUCCAGGUACGAAAAAGGAGCGUGGACUCGUACAAUGGAAAGAGGGAGCACUUGCAAACAGUGACACAUGUGUAGGUGUGAAGACGUAUGACUUUCCAUGUGGAAUGAACCUGUUGAAGGAAGUUUCGUGUUUACAAUACAUCCCCAUUUGUCCAGUUUUCAAAGGGUUGUAUUCAAAGAAGAAGCACAAUAAUGACUUGACUGAAAACAUAAAAGGAAAUGGUGACCACUUUGUUGUAUGCACCAGAGUAUAAUGAGACUUGGUGGGAAAUAUGAUGCACCUUGAUAUGGUGCUCUAGUUGCCUUAUUGCUGAGAACCCUACAGUCACACCACUGACAAAAUAGCUUUUGCAUCACUUGUGCAUAAUAAAUCUUCAAAUGACUGUAAUCAAAAGAGCAAUGGGUAAUCUUGCACAAUCCAUAAUUAAUGGCAUUUAAGUUUAAUUGUUUUAACUUCUUAAAAGAAGCCCGAAUUAAAACCUCUGGUUGUGUAAGUGAGAAUAGUGGAAUAGAGUAAGAGAUUUUCAAGCCUAACAUUCUGGGUUAAAUAUUUCAAAUGAAAAGCCACUUUUCUCAUUAAGCCACUGAAGAUCUAUAAAAGUAGAUUUCAGGAAAAGAUGAAAUGAAGCAUUCAUUUCAUGACAGAUUACUUUUCUGGAUUUUGGAUUGUUUUAUUAAAUUCACUUUAUCAAGUCACCAAUAAUUACGGUUAGAAAGAUUUGGCAAGCAUAUAUGACAGCUAUACUUUCAGCAUGCUUAAAAUUAUAUUUGCAACAUUAAAAUAUUUCUUUGGUAAUAAAAUUCUUAUGUAGUACUAUGUCAAUGUUUUAAUAAAGGCAACUUAAUUUGGUGAAAUCAAAUAGUACAUCAGAUCAGCAAUGCUGUUUAUUAAUCGACUUCAGAGAUCUGUUUUUCCUUGAAAGAAAUAUUGUUGUACAUCCUGUAGAUUUAAAGAAUAUUUUCUCCCUUUUUGACGAAUCUUCUCAAUGUUUGUUAGUCUGAUGGCUUUAUACACAAUUGUUCAUUAAACACAUUUUCAAUGCCUGUAUAUAUGAUGAUAUUUGGAAGUAUUAAAUUGGACUUUCAGUAGUGUCCAGUUGUUACUUUUGUUUAUAAUGUUCCCUCCCAAACUAUCUGAUUUUGUUUGGGAAAAACUUUAGUUCUGUAAAUAUCUUAUUAAUGUUGAAGAUCAAUGUGGUUUGUAAUUGAUGACAGCAGCACUGUGGAAUCACAACAUUUGGAUCAUUCCACCACCUGGAUAAAUACAAUGCACUUUCCAGCAUAAUGGUGCAUGAAAUUUGAGAAAUGUUCACUUAAUAGUUUAGGGGAAUAUUUGUAUUUCUCUUUUGUUUGGUGCUGGUUAUCUGCUUUGAGAAUGGCAUCAAUACUCAUUUUAUACCCUUUGUGUUACAUUUCAAUGGAAGCACCUCAGCAAAUUUUAGUAUUUUCAGCAGCAAAGCAAGUGCUGAAAGUUUUCCAUGAUAUUCCUGUUUAACUUUCAAUGUUCAUAUUGCACUCUGCCAAAAAUGUGGGUUUGGGAUUGUUACAAGAUCUCUAUUAACUUGUGUGGUAAGAGACAGACAGUAAAAAAAAAAGUCAGUAUCUUGCUAUUUAUUUGAUUGCUACAUUGGAAGAUAAAUUCAGCUUGUUUUUAUGUUCCUUGUUCCAUGACAUUGAUAAAGCGUUAUAGAAAUUUUAUGUACCUUGUUUUAUGACAUUGAUAAAGGGUUAUAGAAAUUUAAAUGAUAAGAAUAGACAACUGUUCCUGAAUGUGAUUAUGCAAUAUAAUGAACAUUCCUUUUCCAAUGUGCCAUAUCUGUAAAGCAUACAAUUGGACCAGAUUUGCUGACACAAUCAUAUAUAACUGAUGCAUAUUUUAAGUAUUUUAUAUUUGAAAUAGAGCUGAUUUUAUUGAUAAGUCACCAAUAUAUCUGAUUUGGUUUAUUCUUAGAUUGUUUUGAUAUAUAUUCUGAAAGGUUGAAUCAGAUUUUCAAAUGAUAAAGUCAGUCAGAAUUAAAAUUUGUUCUGGUGCUCCUUUCUGGAUUACUGCAUUAUUUUGAUGCUUCUCAAUAAAGAUAAGAUUUCGUUGAUAAAGCUUAUCAAAAGGCCUUGUGUUUCAUUGAUCUUGUUUUAACUAACUGAC